AUAGCAGAGAGGCUCCUCCCCUUUGUGUUUUUUUCUCUUAAACCCCGAAAAUAAAAAAGAGAGAAGAAAACAAGGAAGAUCGGAGAGAAAGAGAGGAGAGGAGAGGGCAGGAUAGACGAAGAACGAAACGGAGCCGGCGGGUUGUUCGUGUGGUUCUUUGGCGAUGAAGGGAUUAUUUAAAUCGUCAAAGGCCCGCUCUCCGGCGGAGCUUGUUUCUCACCUCCGUGAUCUCCUCAUUGCCACCGAUCAAUCCACCGCCAGCCCUACUCGUAAUAAUACCAAAAAGAUGUCUGAAGUAAAAAAAGUCAUUCUGGAGAUGAGAACUAUACUCUAUGGUAGUGAUCAGUCAGAGCCAACAACAGAGGCUUGUGCAAAAUUGACGGAAGAGUUUUUCAAAGAAGACACAAUGCACCUUCUAAUUGUGUGUCUUCCUAAACUGGAUGCCGGGGAUCGUCAAGAAGCGACCUAUGUUCUUGCAAAUUUGCAGAGACAGAAGGUCAAUUCGAAAGUGCUUGCUUCUGAUUACUUGGAGAAGAAUUUAGAUCUUAUUGAUAUUCUGGUAUCAGGCUAUGAAAACGAUGAUAUUGCAUUAUUGUAUGGCGCAAUUCUGAGAGACUCAAUUCGCCAUCAGGUUGUAGCGAGCUAUGUAUUGAAUUCAGAGCACUUCAAUAAAUUCUUUGGUUAUAUAAAUAAUCCAAAUUUUGAAAUAGCAUCAGAUGCAGCAGCAACUUUCAAGGAGCUGUUGACAAGGCACAAAUCAACUGUUGCUGAAUUUCUUUCGAAAAACUAUGAAUGGUUUUUCAAGGAGUACAAUGAAUUGCUGGAGUCUCCUAACUACAUCACUAGAAGAAAUGCAGUGAAGUUUCUGGGACUGAUGUUAUUAGAUCGUUCAAAUACUUCAGUGAUGGUACAGUACGUUACUUCAGUAGACAACAUGAGGAUCCUCAUGAACCUUCUCAGGGAUUCAAACAAGACGAUCCAGAUAGAAGCAUUUCAUGUGUUCAAGCUCUUUGCUGCUAAUCAAAACAAGCCCCCUGAGAUUGUGAAUGUGCUUGUGACAAACAAAAGCAAGCUUCUGCGAUUCUUUGGUAGCUUUUGUUUUGAUAAAGAGGACGAGGACUUCAAGGCAGACAAAGCUCAGGUUGUCAGCGAAAUCGAGUCUCUUGAAGCUAUCACUCCAUCUGCAUCUCCUCAAAGAUGUGAGAUUCCCUGUUAGUGGAAAAUAGUGCAACACUUGUCUGAUUAGUAUUGUAUAUAUUUUUUCUUCAUUCCCUUUUUGGUAAUUCUUGUUUUAAUUGGAAAGAAUUUCCAAUUUUUUUAUGUUAUUCAUACUUCUUGUACAAAUCGAAGAACCAAAUGUCUAUUUGUACUACAUUGUUGAUCUCUGAAGAUUACAAACAAUUAUAGCUGCAGGCCAUACAUUUUUCGAUUUUGUUAUC